AUGGUGCUCGUCACCAAGACAUUAGUCAGCAACUCAGCGCAACCAGCCAAAAACAGAAUACACCCAAUGCGCUGUGGUGAUACUGUCUCAUCCUCUACAAAGCAAAGCAAGAACCUCGUAUCUAUCACCAACACUGCCUGGGUGGAUGCUGAUCUUCAAGACGGAGGAGUACUACUAGUGGAAAUAAUGGUUUCACUUGCAAGCAAACAAGAUCAUAAAGUGAUAGACAAGAUGGAUCAACAGGUGACAGAGGCAAGCUAUAACAGUAGCACUGCAGAACAUGGUCAGAGGUCGGAGCACUGUUCCACCUAUUGA